GUAAAAUAAUUAUUAAGAAGAGAUUUGAAGAGAUUAUUUGCCGAAAUGGCCUCCGCCUCCAUGGACGAGGACAUAUCCGCCAACCCGCUGCCAAGCAAUGAAGAGGAUCCCCUGGCCGAGGAGCGCCUGGGUUUCGUGCGCGAAGUGGGCGCCCAGGCUGUUUGGAGCCUUUCCUCCUGCAAGCCGGGCUUUGGCGUAGAGCGUCUGCGGGACAACAUCAUGGACACUUACUGGCAGUCGGACGGGCAGUUGCCCCACCUGGUAAACAUUCAGUUCCAUAAGCGGACGAACAUCAGCCAGAUCUACAUAUACACGGAUUACAAGCUGGACGAAAGCUACACGCCAUCGAGGAUCUCCAUACGAUCCGGGACCAAUUUCAAUGAUCUGCAGGAGCUGCAGGUGAUGGACCUCACCGAACCCACCGGCUGGGUGCAGAUACCCAUCAAGGAUGGUAACGUCAAGUCCAUUCGCACCUUUAUGCUGCAGAUCGCUGUGAUCUCGAACCACCAGAAUGGACGGGACACCCAUAUGCGCCAGAUCCGCAUCCAUGCGCCCGUCGAGGGCAAGCACUAUCCUCUGGAGCUCUUUGGCAAGUUUGGCACCGUCGAUUUCCAGAAAUUUGCCACCAUUCGUUAAGGAAUACUCUGGCUUUAGUCGAAGUCUUUUAUUUUUAUGUAUUUUUUGGGGGGUAUUUAACUGCUAAAAUACAACAUUUAAAACAUUACUUUAGUAAUUGUAUGCAUAUUUUUGGUGUUUCUAAUUAAAUGCCCUCGCACUUGUAUAUAUAAAUCGAUUGCAAAUAAAUAUAUAUACCGUCGUCUAAGCUUAAGUACAAAUUAACAAACACAA